AUGAGUAAAAUUGCGCAAGCGUCCAAGGUAAUGUGGCACGUGGUGGACGCCAAGGGACAAGUGCUAGGUCGCUUGGCCUCUCAGCUGGCUCCUAUUCUGCGUGGCAAGCACAAACCAACGUACGCACCCAAUGCUGACUGUGGCGAUUAUGUGGUGGUGAUCAACGCUAAAGAUAUUGUGCUCACGGGCAACAAGUGGAACAAUAAGUUAUAUCGUUGGCACACUGGCCACCCUGGUGGACUCAAGCAGCGCACAGCCAAGGAACUUCUCGAGCGCAAACCUGAACAAGUGUUGCGCAAGGCCGUCUAUGGCAUGCUGCCCCGCAACAGGAUGCGCGCUCUCCAAGACAAGAAGCUCAAGAUCUUUAUGGGCGAAACACACGACUUUGUCAAAGAGGUGGGAGAGAAUCCCGUCAUUUAUUAA